UCAGUUUUAUAAGUUUCAGGAAGUAGUGCGAAACACUAUAGUAGUGCGAAUACUAUAGCGACGAAACCUUAAUAAAAAAGAAAAUAACUAAACAGAAAAGCGCCAGUUGUAACGUGUUGAAUACAGGUUCAUUUACUGGCACCCGUGUACAAAAACUUGAAGGAAAGCGAUAGAGUUGUGAAGGACAUCGGACACCACUAGUUUCCUUACACUGCUCUGCUGUUGUGUAGGUUUGGGGAAACAAUGAACCGUGCCCCCCCUAUGCAUUCUCAGAACUGUGGCCCAUGGGAACUUAAGGAGAGACUUGGGACCGGUGGCUUUGGAAAUGUAACCCGAUGGCAGAACAAGGACACAUGUGAACAGAUUGCUAUAAAGCAGUGUCGUCAAGAACUUAGUGCUAAGAAUAAGGAAAGAUGGUGUUUGGAGAUCCAGAUUAUGAAACGGUUGAAUCAUGUAAAUGUAGUAGCAGCAAGAGAGGUCCCUGAGGAGUUGCAGAAAUUAGCCACCAAUGACCUGCCUCUGCUAGCUAUGGAGUACUGCCAAGGUGGAGAUCUUCGCAAGUAUCUCAACCUACUGGAGAACUGCUGUGGGAUGAGAGAAGGCUCUGUUCUGAUCCUGCUGCGAGAUAUAUCCUCUGCCCUCAAAUACCUUCACACGAAGAGAAUAAUUCACAGAGAUCUCAAACCAGAGAACAUUGUGCUCCAACAGGGAGAGAAAAGGCUAAUUCACAAGAUCAUUGAUUUAGGCUAUGCCAAGGAGCUAGACCAGAGCAGUCUGUGCACAUCAUUUGUAGGGACUCUGCAGUACCUGGCACCUGAAUUAUUGGAGCAGCAGAAGUACACAGUGACAGUAGAUUACUGGAGUUUUGGGACUCUGGUGUUUGAGUGCAUUACUGGUUUCAGACCCUUUCUACCAACCUGGCAGCCUGUACCCUGGCACAAUAAGCUGAAGCAGAAACAUGAGGAUGAUGUUGUGGUCUAUGAGGAUUUAGCUGGUGAGGUGCACUUCUCCAAACACCUGCCACGGCCACACAACCUCAACGAUUUGUUAGCUGGUAUGCUUGAGCGUUGGCUGCAGCUAAUGCUGAGGUGGUCUCCUCAAGACAGAGGAAAAGAUGCUAAGCAGAUCUCUAAAGAACGUCUGAAUGGGACAGAGAAUAAGGAGAAAAGCAAGAAAUCUGAGGAAGGAGGCAAAGACCCACAGAGUGGAUCUAAUUACUGCUUUGAGGAAUUAGACAGAAUCCUAGACUUGAAGCUAGUCAUGGUGCUGAAUAUGACCUCAGCAGAGAUUUGUACGUACACAGUGCAGCAUGGGGAGACUGUUGCAUCCCUGCAGAAACAAAUUGCACAAGAUGUACACAUUCCUCCGACCAGACAGGAGCUGCUGUUGGAGGCUGGUCUUGUUUUGGAGCCUCAUAAUGAGAUAAUGCAUUGUGCUGUAGAUUAUGCUACGGUUGAUGGCCGUCGGGCUGAUAUGCCACUAGUCUUUCUGUUCAACCGUUCAUACUGCAGCUAUGAACCUCAGUUCAACCCUCGAAUCCUCCCUGAAAACAUAGGAUUCAUUCAGACAGAGCCUAAGCGUAUGUUGCCCUACAGUGCUCAAAGACGCACAUAUGGGCAAGCCUGGCACACCAUAAGAGCACUAAAGGAAGACUGGCUGAAGUUGCAGCAGGGUCAGAAGGCAGCCAUAAUGAGCCUGCUGAGGCAUAAUGGCUUGUUGUCCAAACAGAAGAAUGAGAUGGUUUCUGUGCACCAAAGACUCAAAGCUACGCUUGAAUUCUUCACUACUAGUCUGCACAUUGACAUGGACAAAUACCAGGAACAGAGAGCCACUGGCAUUGCUUCAGAGAAGUUACUAAAUGUGUGGCGAGAGAUGGAGCAAACUGCACUCAGCCAUGGCCAGAUAGAUGAUGUGACUAUGUUGGAGGAAGAGAUGAUGAAAUUACAGACUGAUAUAGUAGACCUUCAGAGACACCCUUGGAGAAGUGGAGAAGCUCUGGAGUCUCUUGAGGGGAAGGCAAUGGACUUAUUCCGCAAGCUGAGAGAGAAACCCAGGGAUCAGAGAGGUAAUGGUGAUUGCCAUGAGGUGGUGAAGCUGGUGGUCCAGGCAAUUCAGUUCUAUGAGAAAAAACUUAAAGAGUUUUAUACACACCUCAGCAAAACAAUGGUAUGCCGACAGAGGGUUAUGGAGCUGCUGCCUCGGGUAGAGGGCAUGGUGAGCAGCAUGGCUCAGUGUGAGCAGGAACUGCGCUGUAUGCAAGAAAAAAGACAGAAGGAGUUGUGGAACUUGCUUAAAGUGGCCUGUAGCAAGGUUCGGAGUCCUGUCAGUGGGAGUCCUGAAGAAGGGAGAACCCCACCUUCCGGUAGUCCUUCACUGUUUCAGCAAAGACCACUUCAUCCUUACAGCCUUCUUUUUCUGCAACAACCGGGAGAAUCAAUGAUAGUGAUUGAAGAAAGCAAAACAUUUGAGAGUAGAAUGCAGAGUUUGGUGCAGGAGACAAUAAAGGAGACAGAAAUCAACAUGCAGGUGCUACAGGAAUGGACAUGGUUGAACAGAAGCCAGGACCUCUCCUUAUAUUAUACAUGAGCUUCAGUCCAAGCAGUAUAAAUGAAUGUGUGUGUAAUGAGAAGAAGAAAAUUUUACUUUUGUAAUUUUGUGUACUUUUGUGAUUAUUAUGUAAAAAGCACAAAUGAUUUAAUGUGCAUAUUCUGUAAACAUUAAUUUUGGGAAUGUGGUAACUUUGAUUUUAGUGAAAUAAUAUGAUUAAUCACUGAUAA